AUGUGUCCAUCGGCGUCGAAGCUGCUUAGAGUGUGGUUGGUGGUGUCGGCGCCACGGUAUGGUGGCACGGGCGCUGUCUUCGCGUGCUCAUUGGAAGACCUUCAGUGCAACCCCAUCGUCAUUUCUAAUCUCACAGUUGAGCAGGAACGGGACAUUCUGAAAGACGACGCUUGGAUUGGCAGUGCCGUGGAUGUUCAACGGUCCGGGAAAGGAAUUGUGGUGUGCGGCAGCCUGCUGUCGAGCAACCACUCGCACAACAACCGCUGGGUGAACGGCGGCUGCUACUGGAAGCCCGACGCGGACGCCGAACGCGCAGACCUGCUCGUGCCGCUCACGGAUGGUGAUCACCUUGGACACAGUGUGUCUGGGAGUUCUACUCACGCCUAUUACGCCAAUGGUCAAGCGGGCGUUUCUGUACUCAUUACGCAGGAAGGACAAGAACUAGUUAUAGGUGCUCCAGGAUUCGACUUGUCUGUAGGAACCAUUCUGCGGUACCGUAUAGAUGAGAAUGGCAACCUAGACGAUGGAAUAAUUGCAGGAAUUCAACCUUGUCAAGAGAAAGGAAUACUGGGCAACGAAUAUGGAGGGUAUGCGGUGGCAUCUGGCAGAUUCAUGUGCGGCUCCUCCAUUGUCUACGCUGUGGGAGCUCCACGAGCAGCCAUGUAUAGGGGACAGGUGUGGCUGGCGGCAGAGGGCCCGCUGGACGUGGAGACGGGCGUGUCGUACUCGCGCCUGGCGGGUCCCAACCUGCGUUCACCGGCGGUGACGCUGGAGGGGGACGGCGCACCGCGCUCCCAGUUUGGCACGUCUGUCGCCGCUGUGGGAGACAUCGAUGGCGACGGCUUCCAAGACGUGGCGGUGGGUGCGCCGUACGGCGAUCAGGGCGGCAGCGUGUUCGUGUACCUGGGCAGCGGCGACGCUCGGCGCAUGGGCCGUCUCCUGGGCCCGCAGAGGCUGCCCAGCUCCGGCCACCCGGCGGCCACACAGCCCGGCUUCGGCAUCAGCGUCGCUGGCGGCGUCGACGUCGACGGGAACGGCUAUGUCGACGUGGUGGUCGGCUCGUACAUGGAGGGCCGCGCUCGGGUGUUCCUGGCGAGGCCUACCGUCUCGCUGGUGGCCUCGGUGACAGGCCCAGAGUCGCUGAGGCUGGCCGAUCGCCGCACAAACAUCACCGCCUGCCUCACGUACACCAGCCACAGGUUCCAGGACGAUGUUGAAGCGACAAUGGUGUUCAGUGGCGACGGAUCAGCAGAUAGUCGACCAGUAACUAUAUCAAAAGGAAAGACCCAUUGUGAAAACGUCACAUGGACUAUAAAGGCAAGUACAUUCUAG